GGGACCCGCAUUGACGAAGUGUGGUAACAAGAUGUGAUAACGUAAGCAGACCCAUAAAACCCUUCGUCAUCUCAGCAUCGGUAUUUGUUCAUCACAUCAUCCCCGCGCCAGUCGAGAUACCUCAAAGUUGCUCUUCCGUUACAAACUCUUAGUCUGCUUCACUGCUCAUAAUCUGUUACAGGUCCGCUGCCGCCCGUUCAGUCCCUAUUCGCAAGCUCUUUUCCACAAUUCAUCCAUCAUGACGGCAAAGACCCAAGAACCGGUCAUCACCAAGACUUCAGACCUUCCUAUCGAGGAGGCUAAAUGGGUCACUCUUAAGAAGAUCGAAUACGUAGAUCAGAUCGGCAAAACACGUACAUGGGAGGUCGCCACACGGAAGACCAGAGGCAAGGCCGGUAUCGAUGCCGUGGCUAUGGGCAAUAUCCUUCUGCAUCCUACCCGUCCGCCGUCGACCAUGCUUGUCAUCCAGUAUCGACCACCACUUGACGCGUACACGGUAGAGUGGCCGGCCGGGCUGGUUGACGCCGAAGAGACGGCUGAACAGGCUGCGGUGCGCGAAUUCAAAGAGGAGACGGGCUACGACUGCCGUGUGAUGAGCGUGAGUCCGACGCAAGCUGCGGACCCAGGUCUCAGCAAUGCCAACAUGCAGCUGGUGAUGGUCGAAGCUCAGUUGGGCGAGGAGGAGGAGAUGCCUGAGCAGCGUCUGGAUGAUGGAGAGCGCAUCGAGCGCGUGAUUGUGCCGCUUGCCGAGUUUUAUGACCGCUUAGUAGAGUAUUCGAAGCAGGACCGCAUGAUUGUGGCGGCUAAGCUGUUCCACUUUGCAGCUGGGAUGAACUUUGCUAAAACGCAAAAGUAUCUUGGCUGAUAGGACUGGGCCUUUCAACAAAGAAUUUAUGUUCAAGCGUUCCGAACUUGGGGCCACUGUCGAUUAGUAAAACUAUUAGUGCACUCUUAUGUAAAGUACUCUGUACGGCAGAGCGAUAUAGUCAUGUGUUAUAAGACGUGAUCCACCGCCCGGCAAAAGGAGCCAGCACCUAUCCAUACACUAUGAACAGAGUCACG